UUCAGUUAUUGUUUUCUUCACUAUUGACUAUUUGAAGAACUUGUAUUAGCACUGGAAACUGUUCAGUGGUAUUCUGUGACGGUAAUUUGACGUUAACCUGCCAUUGCGGUUAACUAUGCAGCUUGAUAAGCUAACUGUCAGGUUGACUUUAGUAUGUGAAUGCUUUGCUCUGUAACAUUCAGCUGAAUACUAUUAAUGCAUGUUACAGUUAACGUGUGUGUCGUGUGCUCAGGUUUGUUAGCGCUGAUCAUCAUGUCACUGCAGGGAGAUCCAGUGUAGGAGAUGCGAGCAGCGUUGCGCCUGGUAGUCGCGGCGAUCCCGAUGGGUGUGCUGCUGUCCCGGACCAUGGCGUGGAUGUCCAGCGGCAGGACUCAUGCUGAGCUCAUCAGCAGGCUGAGGGAUCACGGAGUGAUCCGCAGCGACAGAGUGUUUGAUGCCAUGCUGGCUACAGACAGAGGACUUUAUUCUACAGACUAUCCUUACGCAGACUCUCCUCAGUCCAUAGGCUACAGGGCGACCAUCAGUGCACCACACAUGCACGCUCAUGCUUUGGAGCUAUUGAGUGACAAACUAACUGAAGGAGCCUCGGCGCUGGAUGUGGGCUCAGGAAGUGGAUAUCUAACAGCUUGCUUUGCAAGGAUGACCGGGCCGAAUGGUAAAGUGGUUGGCAUUGAGCACAUCGAUGAACUGGUUCAAAUGUCAAUAAAAAAUGUGCAAGCUGACGACCCAGAGCUGCUCACCUCUGGACGCAUCAAACUUGUAGUGGGAGACGGAAGGCUCGGCCACCCAGAGGGAGCGCCCUAUGAUGCCAUCCAUGUUGGUGCAGCUGCAGCUAUGAUUCCUAAGGCUCUCUUGGAGCAGCUGAAGCCCGGGGGGCGCCUGGUUCUCCCUGUCGGCCCUGACGGAGGCAGUCAGGUGCUCGAACAGUACGACCGGCAGAGCGACGGGACCUUUCUCAAGAAAGCGUUGAUGGGAGUGGUCUACGUCCCGCUGACUGACAAGAGGCGUCAGUGGCCUGGAGGUGAGCUCUGACUGCAGUGUGGUUGCCCCCGCAGGAGGUGGCGUUGGUGCUGCGUCUCCGGGGCCCCGUAGUGCUCCUCUUGGUUUCACUGAGCUCCAGUCUUAACAGCCACCUGCCCCGCUGGGUUGUCACCUAGCAACGCACGAGGAGGAUCUCGCUCUGUUUGCCCGACCAGAUUGUCUUCCAGGAGCGAUAAAACAGAGAGACCGAGCGCCACUGAACUGCUGACCUUAACUCCCAGAAUCCUCUGAGUCAGGACAAGAAAAGGUGACUCAGACCUAAAUGAUUCAUAAUAUUAUUUAUGGGCAAGUCAAGUAUGCAUUUGCAGCUUAAGGACGUUCUGUAUGUGUUCUUCUGGAUGCUUCAGAUGAGUGUUAAAUGUCGGUGUAAUUUUAUAAGAAUGCUUCGGCUAUGAAUGCAGUAACACAUCAAGAAAAGCAAAAUAAUCUAUUUUUUGUGGUAGGAACUUCUUCCUUCUGGCUUCAUAUACUGUAUGUUUAGCAUAAGUUCUGUUUGACAUUUCUUACUGUAGAGCACAGGGGGCAUUGUGCCAAAAAAACAAUCAACUGAGGCACUUAAUUUUUUUGAAGCAAUUCAACUGUUUAAUUAUGUGUACACUUAAGAUUUAUUAAUAAAAACCUGCGAAAUAGA